AUGAUUUUUGAAACACGAAGGAAUUCACAAUCAUUUCCAGCUAACUCAGCCAUGGGCAACUUUAAUUCAACCGAAGUGAGCACCCGGCCGAGCUUUGACUCUUUGCCGCUCCACGUCGGGGAUCCGAAGGCAUCGGCGUGGGGACUAUGGGGCGAUGAAGAUGAACUCGGGUCUCUCAACCUUUUGAACCCAGCUUUGGUCAAGAAUGCCACAAGUGAGGUGUUCAUAGGCGAGACGAUACCGUUGAACUUUUAUACAUCAGUCUUCUUCAUACAACCAAUGAAUCCGGUUCGCAAGCCAUGCGAGCACCGCAUUAUUCCUAAAGGAAACGCCAAUGAUGAUGAGAUCUCUAUCAAUACACAAGGCGCAACCCAUUGGGAUGGGCCGCGGCAUUAUCCUUACCAGGAGCAUAUUCAGUAUUACAACGGCGAGAAAAACAACACUGAAGCCCCACUUGCUUGUUUCCCGUGCCAUGUUCUGACGCUUCGCUCAAUAGAUAUGGCGAGGAAGUCCAUCACUGGCCGUGGUGUUCUACUUGACUGGUACUCCUGGGCAACCGAGAAGAACAUCACCUUUGACCCCUUUUCAACCUUUGGCAUUCCCCUGUCUCAACUCCAAGCCGUAGCAAACGCCCAGAAAACCGAGUUCCAACAGGGCGACAUUCUCCUCGUCCGAACAGGCUGGCUGCCGGCCUACCGCGCGCUCACCACAGAAGAGCAGCUAGCGUUGCCGCAGCGGGAAAUUCGAGCAAGUUGUGGCGUUGAAGCGAGCGAAGAGGCGAUUCGCUGGCACUGGGAUCACGCAUUUGCUGCGGUGGCCUCGGAUACUGUGGCCUACGAGGCCUGGCCGAGCCCAAAACCAUGGGGCGUCAGCAUGCAUGAGGUUUUCUUGAGUGGUUGGGGCAUGCCAAUUGGAGAGAGCUUCGACUUGGAGAGGCUCGCUGUUAGGUGUAAAGAACUACAGAGAUGGUCAUUCAUGAUGGUUAGUGUACAUUUGGAUAUUCCUGGCGGUAUCGCUAGUCCGCCCUCGGCAGUGGCUAUUUUGUAG